AUGCCGGGCCGAUUGAUCCCCAACUUCGUUCGGGGCUCUGGCUCCAGCUCCAUGCAGUCAUCUGUUGCCUCAACUCCAAUGCACUCUAACAACAACUCUUCGACAUCCGUCAAUGAGAUUCACCACUUCAUUCCAAACGCGCUGAAGAAAGCCAGUCACAUGGCUCCACGUUCAGGCCAUGCCACCCCCAAAUCUGGCCAUAAUUCCCCGGAUCGAGAUCGCGCUCGCUCACCAGAGCGCCGUCUUUCAUUUUCCAUGGAUCAUUUGAUUCACCCUCACCGUGACAACAGUAAGGAAAAGCGCCGGAGCCUAGGACGCACUGGCCGCUCCAAAGACCAUAUUGGCAAGGAUGAGAUGAGCAGCCCUGGAGCAACUCUGGAUGUCCUGAUCGAGUCCCCUCCAUUGGUCUGUUAUGGCCCCCCUGCUACCUCCACCGGGGCCUUAUUCUCAGGUCGCCUGCGCAUUGCCGUCAGCGAGUUGGUUGGAGAGGUCACCUUGAAACAAUUUGACGCUCGCCUCAUUUCCAAGAUUUCGACCAAGAAGCCCGUUUCCAACCACUGCCCCGGCUGCACUACUAAGACAGAGGAACUGAACAAAUGGAGCUUCCUCACCGACGACCUUCCCCUCAAGGCCGGAGAUCAUGAUUUCCCUUUCAGCUAUCUCUUCCCCGGUCACCUCCCCGCGUCUUGCAAUGGAUCACUGGGUCACGUUGAGUAUUUCCUGCUCGCUCGUGCCCAGAGCACUACCGGUGAGGUGUUCGAAACCAAGGUCCCAUUGAAUGUCCGCCGCGCCAUCCUUCCCGGCAACGACAAGUCUUCUAUUCGCAUUUUCCCUCCAACAAACCUUACCGGUCGUAUCGUGCUUCCAUCCGUGGUUCAUCCCAUUGGCAGUUUCCCAGUCGAGAUGACCUUGAGCGGGGUAGUGGACAAGGGCGAGGAAACCCAGACCCGCUGGCGUCUGCGCAAGAUGAUGUGGCGCAUCGAAGAGCAUCAGAAGAUCGUCUCCACUGCCUGCCCGAAGCACUCCAACAAGAUUGGCGGCGAAGGCAAGGGCGUCCUCCACCAAGAAACUCGCAUCAUCGGGCACAACGAAGAAAAGAGCGGCUGGAAAACCGACUUUGAUACCGCUGGCGGUGAAAUCGGCAUGCAGUUCGACGCUAGCAUCAACCCUACUACCAACCCUGUUUGCGAUAUGGAGGCUCCAGGUGGCCUGGAAGUCAAGCACAACCUAGUCAUCGAGUUGAUUGUCGCCGAGGAGUUCUGCCCCAACCGCAACACCCGUCUUAUCACUCCCACUGGCGCUGCUCGCGUUCUCCGCAUGCAAUUCAACCUCAACGUCACCGAGCGCAGUGGCCUGGGGAUCAGCUGGGACGAGGAAAUGCCUCCUGUCUACGAGAAUGUUCCCGCCAGCCCGCCCGGCUACCAGAAGCUCGAUGGCACCAACAGCAUGAUGGAGGAUUACGUUGGCUCCCCCCUGCCCCUUCCUGACUAUGAAGAGCUGGAGCGGAUGGAGUCUCUACGCCUGGAUAGUGACUCGACCCACUCUUCCAACCAGUCUACCCGCGGCCGUGUGCGCUUCACAGUGGAUGAUCUUGUCACCGAGCAGACUCCACCUCCCUCCGCGCCCGCCUCACGGGCCCCGUCUCGCAGCCCUUCGGUUGAUUCCUCCCGCCAGUAA